CUAAAAGCCAAACAUGGCUGCGAAAAGUCGACCGAGGAGUUAUUAAUUUUUCAAAUUAUAAUUUUGAAAGUUUCUUUACGGUAGAAAGUAUGGCUGCGGUCAAAAGGAAGAAGAAGGGAUUGAAGACAGCUCCUUUUGACAUCUAUAUUUACAUUGCUUGUACGGGAGAGAAGUUCUUGCUAAAAAAUGUUCACGCCGAGAUGAAGAUUCGGGAACUAAAAUGUUACGCAGAACUUGUUGUGGGAAUACCUUACAACUUGCAACGUUUACAGUAUCUUGAUGAAGGAGAUAUGCUAGAUGAUUCAGAUUUAAGACACAACGAUGUCGUAGCAGGAGCCACGAUUAAUUUGAAACUAUGGAGAAUGUGGGAUACACUGGUUGCUGCCGUGUGUAGAGGUUCAAUAGAUCAAGUUCUAAACGAAGGAGUUGUGGUCGAGAAGGGGUGGGAAUCUUUAGAUCCCCUGACUUACAGAAACAAGGUUGCUCUUGCCAAGGAUAGAGCUUCAGUUGCACUUUUUAUUGCUGCCCAUCGUGGCAGAAUUAACUUGAUAAAAAGUUUGAUAGAUAAUGGAGAAGCUGAUGUAAAUAUGAAGACACCGUUUGGACGCACGCCGCUGCAUGCUGCAUCCUCUCAAGGACAUUCGAACACGAUCGAUCUGAUGCUCGAAAAAGGAGCAUCUAUGGACGAAAUUGAUGUUCAAGGCAAAUCUGCCCUGAUGAUAGCGAGCCAGUGGGGCUUCAAGGAUAGCGAGAGACAUUUAUUUUUAUUUCAAUGGCAGACAAGAGCGGCCAAAACCAAGCAUAGGAGAGCGAGUAAAUCUCUUAUGAUGCAUCAACAAUUCGACUCCUCUUUUCCAACGUGGUUGAAAGGGAAAUAUUCACAAGUGUACUUUUGUCAAACUCUGCCUCCAGGAGAGUUUGCCGGGACCGGGAUCAGUGCUCCAAGGAGAAGACCAGUGGGAGAAGCUAACCAACUACGAGAUUCCUUCUUUGAACAAUCUUCCUCUGAUCUUCUCGAACACCAGUUGCCUCCGAUUGAAGGAGGGAUGGAAAUCGAUGGUAAGAUUGCUUAGAUAGGCUGUCCGUCACUUCGAGGAAGGGUAACAAUACUGUUGAUAACAUAGCAUUGCGGGAAGGUGUUUUUUUUAUAAAUCUUUUGGACACUACCCCAGAAGUUCCUCCUAAGAAGAGGGUCGGUUUUACAAGCUAAGUGUAUAAAAUUCUGUAGAGAAUUAGCUACACAGACCUGUUCCAUGGAAUCAGUUUCUCUGUUUAUGUAAUUAGGGAUUACAAAAAUGAUUGUUUUAAAUGACUUUGUCAGGACAAAAAAACUAUUUAUCAUACACUGAAAUUGUUCCAUUGCUCUGGUAUGCCCUUCAGGUGCAAGAUACAGCUUGGGAGGGAAGCCAGUGCUUCCACACAUAAGGUCCAAGGAGAGACUUGCAAGCAGGUUUGUUGUAACAUUUAAAACCUAUUGUAUCUUACUGUUGAUGUAUCUCAGCCUUUGGUCAAGGUUGAAAGGUAGUGUUAAGCUGCGUUCUAUUAUAUUUUCCUCUCUUCAUGAGAUGCAAACUUUUGUCCUCCUAAUUGGAAAACAGACUGCUCCUAUAAUUUUUUCAAGGGGUCCAGGGGACACUUCUCACAGUCCUCUAAUUUUCUCCUAAAUGGAGGUUCUGACAGCUCUGUGCUAAAAUGUAGGGAUUCUUGUCAGUUAAGUGUUCACCUUUAUUGUUUUUAUUUAUUUGUAUUUACCACAAAUAAAUGUAUACUGUAAAAAAAGUGAGCACAUUGAUUUCAGCAUUGAUGAUGGACAUUGAAAAAUGGUGCGCUUCUGAUUGGCUGAAAAUGAGUGCAUUCUUGCCACACUGAACUUGGAAUUUUUUCCAUUCUUUACUUUAGUAAAUCACGAGACAGUUCCAAGUCUGCGACAUUUGAUGAGUGGCUAGAGGACAAAAAGUCCAAGAAACAGCAACAACAAAAGAAGGAAAAAGAGGCAAGACAAAGGAAAGAGAUGGAAUUAGAAAGCAAAAGACAAUCAAGGAUGGCAGGCAAAAGCUUUGAAGACUGGAAAAACUCAAAAUCACAACAAAAGCAAGAGCUACCAGGCAUUGAAAAAAGAAGAGAUGAUAUAGUACGAGAAGAACCAGGGCGCCAAUACAGUCUGACUUUUGAACGUUGGUUAAGCAAAACAGGAACCUUGGAUCUUCACAGUCUCAGCAGCUGAACAUAAAUUGAAACCAACUGUUACACAUUGAUGCACAUCAAGCAUCUAGGGGGAUCUACUGAUGAAUUUGUAAUUGAUUCAUUAACCCUUUAACUCCCACGAGUGACCAAGACAUAAUUUCUCCUUACAAUAUCAAUACAAUAUUAACCAGAUAAUUAAUGAGAAUAAAGAAAAUAUCAAUUUGGUGAUAAUUAGUUGAUUCAAUACUAAAUUCUCUGAACUAACAUUAUAGGAAUUGUAUGGUUGAUGUUAAAAACAACAAAUUUGAUCUGGGAGUUAAAGGGUUAACAGCAAAUUCUAACAUUGAAUCCAUCAAUGAAAAUGUUAUGCCACUAACAAA